GUACCUCGUAGCUCCUACACUCUACCCAGUCGAACCACCGUUUUCCCGGUCGGUGCCAUUAAGAAGGACACUGGUUUGCUCCAGAUGCCCGUCUCCCGCAUCAGCGUUCGAGGUACUGAGACACCGGACGGCGAAGUCUUCCACUUCAUCCUGGCUUUGGUGGCACCGAAAGACGAACAUGGGGAGGAACGCUGCAUCACCUUGAACAACAGCCCCUCGUACACGGAUCCCAACCAUCUCAUGCGAGGCGUUUUGGUGAUGGAAUAUCAUGAAAGCGUGAAAUCCGUUAGCCGAGCUCUAGAUCCUCUGGACGUCGACGUCCGAUCCAAAGUGACAGCCGCUACACUUUGCCAUUUCUUGUUUGAUGAACAUCAUGUCGAACAAUACGAGUUCAACGAGAACGGACAAGGGUGCCGCCAUUGGUGCGCAACUGUUCUUGAAAAGCUUGCUGAGGGUGGCUUCGUCAGAGAGGACAUCGGACAAUUGUUUCAGCAAUUCGAGAAGGAACAUCACGCAAAAUGGGGAUCCAAAUUCCCAAUGCCGCGCAUCGUGGGCUCAUACUACGAUUAGGUCUGCCUGCUAACAUACCUAGUGCCUUAUCGAGACGGGCAGGUUAACUUAAUGUGCGUCUGGAUGUUGGCUCACCCUCACAAAACACAAUGCCGCCUACUGUCUGUCUACUGAGAGCCGGCCAACAGAAUGAAGGAAUACGAAAGAGAAUUGACAUCAUACCAGUCUUCGGGUCCUACGAAACCGU